CCCCCUCACAACUCGGUUGUGCAGUCGCUGCAGUGAUUGGAAAAUGUUGGUCUGUCUACGUGUGCUUCAUCAAAUGACAUAGGCAGAGGCAAAAACAGAGCGAGUAGAGCAGGGCCGACGUUAAACUGCAUGUUUGGGAAAUGUACACCACAUUUUUGCAACUUCAAGACGAAAUAUAAAGAUACAGAGGAGUGCUCGCCCGGAACCAAAAGGAUUGCCACAUCUGCUGAAGAAAAAGGUCUCCAUGGUGCCAUGCUGGAUUUCUAUCUCCAGCGUCUAUGUUCUUUAUCCCUAUGGAUCUGUAUGACCCCCAGCACCAACACUGGUCUCUACAAGCAUCCUCAACAUGCCCCUGCACCAUGGAUCCCUCAGUGAGGGUUUUGGACCGAGGGAGCUUGUGAGAAAGAAGAUUUGAUUUUUUUUGUGCCAUCCUCCCUCCUCUCUCCCUGCCCCAUACAUAUUCACCCGUACCUCCACUCCCCCCAACGGGGGAAAACUACUCUGCACCUCUUCAACCUGUGCUGAACCAGGAAGGGACAGGACUAGGCCCACCCUCAGAGCCUACAGAGGUGACCAACAAGCUCCCACAGAGAGCAGUCCAGCCCAGUCAAGUCUCCACAAGUCACUGUGCCAGGAUGACAGGGUUGACCUCUUACAUUUCCGUGGUGGGAUUCUGCAUCCAACUGGUGAUCAGAGCUGAAGGUAUUCAAACUGGUCAGAAUCCAGACCACAUGCUCCAUGGCACCGGACACAAGCACGAGUCCAGGAAGCCCGGAGACGGGCCCACGGUGGCCCCAGAGGACGCCGCCCGCUUUCUGAGCUGCUACUGCUCGGGCCACUGUCCAGAGGACCACAAAAAUAACACCUGCGAGACGAAUGGCCAGUGUUUUGCCAUCAUCGAGGAGGACGAGAAUGGAGAAGCUAUUCUGACCUCUGGCUGCAUGAAGUAUGAAGGCUCACAUUUUCAAUGCAAGGAUUCGCCCAGGGCUCAGACAAGGCGAACGAUCGAAUGCUGCGAUACAGACUUCUGUAAUCGGGACCUGCAGCCCACAUUACCUCCCCCAAUGGACACUGGUUCCUACUUUGGCAGUGCCCAUUGGUUGGCUUUCCUUAUAUCAAUGACUGUGUGCUGCUGCACUCUCAUCUGCAUCACGGUAGUCUGUUACUACAGGUACAAGUGGCAGACGGAGAGGCAGCGGUACCACCGGGACCUGGAGCAGGACGAGGCCUUCAUUCCUGUGGGAGAGUCUCUCAAAGACCUCAUCAACCAGUCCCAGUCCUCUAGCAGUGGCUCUGGGCUCCCCCUGCUGGUGCAGCGUACCAUUGCCAAGCAGAUCCAGAUGGUACGCCAGAUCGGCAAGGGGCGCUACGGCGAGGUGUGGCUGGGCCGCUGGCGGGGAGAGAAGGUGGCCGUCAAGGUGUUCUUCACCCGGGAGGAGGCCAGCUGGUUCAGAGAGACUGAGAUUUACCAAACUGUGCUCAUGAGGCACGAGAACAUACUGGGGUUCAUAGCAGCAGAUAUCAAGGGUACCGGGGCCUUCACACAGCUCCUCCUCAUCACAGACUACCAUGAGAACGGCUCCCUGUACGACUACCUGAAGUUCACCACGCUGGACACCCAGAGCCUGCUGCGACUGGCCUACUCCGCUGCCUGUGCCCUGUGCCACCUUCACACGGAGAUCUACGGCACCCAGGGCAAGCCGGCCAUCGCCCACCGAGACCUCAAGAGCAAGAACAUCCUGAUGAAGAAAAAUGGAACCUGCUGCAUCGCUGACCUGGGUCUGGCUGUCAAGUUCAACAGUGAUACCAACGAGGUGGACGUUCCUCUGAGUACGCGGGUGGGGACCCGGAGGUACAUGGCCCCUGAGGUGUUGGGAGAGACCCUGAACAAGAACCACUUCCAGGCCUACAUCAUGGCUGAUAUAUACAGCUACAGCCUCAUCAUCUGGGAGAUGGCCCGCCGCUGUGUAACAGGAGGCAUAGUGGAGGACCACCAGCUGCCCUACUAUGAGAUGGUGCCGGCAGAGCCGUCCUUUGAGGACAUGCUGGAGGUGGUGUGUGUGAAAGGGCUGCGGCCCACCGUGUCCAACAGGUGGAACGGUGACGAGUGUCUGAGAGCCAUGCUGAAGCUGAUGUCUGAGUGCUGGGCCCACAACCCCGCCUCGCGCCUCACCAUCUUACGAGUCAAGAAGACCUUGGCCAAAAUGGUGGAAUCGCAGGACAUCAAGAUUUGAUCCUUUUCCCCCCUACAUACUCAACACAGCCUGACCUAGAGACAGAACUCCCCAGUGUGUCCUAAUGCUGAAUGUGUCACCUCUGUUCAGUUGGCAGGGGAGGAGGAACAGGGUAUGGGAGAAAAAGGACCCUGUUGUCACAGGGCUUUGGGCAUAGAGCCUUAACCUCCAUGAGUCUCUAUCACCACAACGGACAGAUGCUGCUGCCAAAGGUUCUUUCCCUUAUUCCCUCCCUGGCCAGAGGAGUUCUUGGUCAACGUGCUGCAUUGAAUGCUUUCUGUGAAAGUCAAAACAUGACAUUGUGUGUGGAGGGGGAUGGCAUUUUCCUGCUCACAUGUUGAUGGGCAGAAAGGAAUAUGAUGGAGGAACCUUUGAGCCUCACUUCAAACCAAGACACUGCCCUCGCAAGCGUCACCACCUGCCAAUUAUGUUCAAUUUUUGCCUGUAAACGUUUUAUGCCAACAUUUUUUCUCUUCAGGACAGUCUUCUCCUGCCAUAUUAAAAUGUCUCUCGACUCUUAAGUAGAGUAAUUACGAAAUACGAAAUAAGGUACUAUAAUUAUAUGUGAAUUUAAUAUGUAAAUAUAUUGUAUCGAUAGAUGCCGUGCCUACUCAAAAAAAAAAAAAAAAAAGAACAUGCUGCAAUGGUAUUCACGUCCAGUGGGCUUCAAACGGGACCUGCUUCAAGAGCUACGAGCAAUCCAGACAACCAAGGAUGUUGUAAGAGGGGAUAACUGACUUGCCUUAAAUCAACUUGUCACUGUGCUUCCUACAACAAACCUCAACUCAGUAACUUGUCAAAAAAAAUCUAUGAUCUGACACAAAAAAGACGUCUGGUUAAAAAAACAUAUUUAAUGCAAAAUUGUAUUCAAAUGACAUUUGUGAAUAGGGAGUUUGUGUCCCAUCAUGUCUCUAUGCUUACCUCUUCUUACAUUUACAUUUACAUUUAAGUCAUUUAGCAGACGCUCUUAUCCAGAGCGACUUACAAACUGGAAAGUUCAUACAUAUUCAUCCUGGUCCCCCCGUGGGAAUUGAACCCUGGUCCCCCCGUGGGAAUUGAACCCACAACCCUGGCGUUGCAAGCGCCAUGCUCUACCAACUGAGCCACACGGGACCACAUAUGUGUUAUCUUGUGUAUGUUCUGUUUGUCUUCUGGGAGGAAAGUUCAGAAUACAAAAAUGGCAUAUUUUGGCCCUCAUGAAGCCUAUGCAAAGGUGUGCAGCUUAGAGGGCACACAUCAAUUAGGCCUUUCUAAAAAUGAUUAAUCUGACAUUUCUGCUGUCCCCACGCCCCACUGAUUCUUGUCCACAUUCGUGGAUCUAAGAUGAAUCCCCCCCCCCCCCCCCCCGGCUCUUCUCUUGCUUUUCAUUCCAUUUUGAGUUAUAUAUAUUCAUUAAGUGGCCAACUUUCAUAUUGCCAAACAUCAUGUGAGCUCAGCCGUUGAACUGUACCAUUGACUAAGAUGGUUGCAUUGUGCCAUAAUGGUUUGUCAUCGGGCUCACAAGAAGUCCACAUUAGUUCAGAAAAUAUGCAGUAUUUUACUAACUUAAAGUACAAUUAUAUAGCUUACUCAAUGCUAUGUUAAAUGGCAUAUUUACUUUAACUAAAUGUUAUUUUUAGCACGUCAGAGCUCUAUUGCCAUUGCAGUUUGUUGAUCCAUCAAGCCUCCUCAGGUUUGUGUGACAGAAUUACAGUCAAGUACAGAGGGAACAUACUGUAGAUGCAACCCUGAAGUGAAACCACUUCCGCUUGCUUUGGGACACAUGCAAAUAUAUACAUAUUUGCAGGUUUCCUCAGUGAUGUUAUCUGCGGGCCAGUGCAGAGGGUAGAGCAAGCCCAUUUAUGACCAUUUACCACAAGAGGAACUGCAUUUCUACAUUUAGAACUUCAUACAGGUAUGAAAUGAAAACAAAUAAUAUCCUUGACUGAACCACUUGUCCUCAACUCUUGACCGUUUGUUUGCACGUGUAAUGAUGAUGAGGAAGCGUUGUCACAGAUCGUGCCCUUUGUUAACUCUCGCGUAGGAUCCAAGUCUUGGCCAGUGUAUUCUUAACUUUUUCUUCCACGUCCCUGCUCCUAUUGUCUGCCUCUUAUCUAUCCAAUGUUUGCUUUUGCUUCCCUUGUGUGCAUACAAAUUUAAGAAAAAAUAUCUUCCAGUGCUUGUGGGUUUGCGCGCAUGUUAAGUGUGCAUGUCCGCUGAAAUCACGUGCAACCUAGUGUGUCAGGACAGUUUCUUUGUGAAUUAAGCUAACAGUACAUAUGGUAGAUAUUUAAGAAAUAUUUCACCCGAGCAGUAACUAGUGUUUUCCUCUUUGUAAUAUGCAAGAAAACCAUAUAGAAUAAUCUCUAAUAUGUACAUCUUUAAUGUGUUUUUUUUUAUACAGCAUCUGGUUAAAAGGUGCCUUUUUGAGUUUACCAAGGAAAGAAAACGAUUCUGUUUCUGUACACAACCUGUCCAAUGUAUCAAUUUUAAAGUAAAUAACCUUAUUUUAGUACACAA